AUGACAGAAUUCUCUCGGUCUGAGCAGCAUUAUUCGAAGGUCCCACACUCAAAUUAUAAUACUCAAGUAUAUCAAAAUUUGGAAAAUAGCAAUAUGCCAGUUCAAGAAAUAUCAAACUAUAACGCAACCGCUGCGUCAACCUCAACAUCGCAAACUCGUUGGACAGGAACAAAUGGUACCACAUCUUUUCCUUCAGGUGGAACAUAUCAAGCAAAUGGAAUAAAUGGAAUUUCCACAGGUUACAAUACUUUAAUAUCAGAACAACAACCUUCAAUGAAUCAUAUUGAGAGCACACCGCGAAACGUCCCGAACGGAAUUACAGUGAAUACCACUAAUCUUCCGUUAGGAAAUUCAAAUAUAAUUAAUACAGAAGCCGGAAAAAUCAUUUGCGUGGCAGAUGUGAGAGGUAAUAUUUCUCAAUUAAAUCAACUUGCCGAAGAAACUGGUGCCACUGCUGUUAUUCAUUCUGGUGAUUUUGGAUUCUAUGAAAAUACCAGUUUAGAUCGAAUCAGUGAUAGUACCAUUAUACCGGCAGAGUUAAGAAAACAUCUUCUUAGCAAAAGUACAUCUCCCACAGAAUUACGACGUACUAUUUUUAAUUCAUCCACGCCCCUUCUUUCCGAUUUUCCUCUCUUCAUAGAAGGAAAGAAACGUCUUAAGGUUCCAGUGUAUACCGUUUGGGGAGCAUGUGAGGAUGUCACAGUAUUAGAAAAAUUUAGAAUGGGUACAUACAAAGUGCCAAAUUUGUAUAUUUUGGAUGAGGCGAAUUCUUAUUUAAUUGAUAUUGGGGGAGUAAGUUUGAGAUUAUUUGGUUUAGGUGGAGCAGUAGUUCAACAUAAAUUAUUUGAUAAUGGCGAAGGUUUAGCUACAAUUGCUGGAGGUCUUGGAACUAUGUGGACAACGGUUUUGCAAAUAGGUGAAUUGGUGGAACAUGCUCAAAAAGUUGAUUUUACUAUUUCAGCGGGGCUUCAUUUCCGUUAUGGUAUAUCAUAUAAUGAAUUUUCCGUUCAAGAUCAAGAAUCUUUCCGUAUUAAAUUAGAGAAUUCCCGGAAAAGUUUUUAUGAAAUGUGGGAAUCCGUUAGAAGUCAAGUUGAAGGUUCAAUUGAUGAUAAACAGAGGACGUUACUUAAUUAUGCGUUUACUGUCAUUGAUCGUGUCCCUACAGCUGGACGGGAAGAACCCACCUUCAAAAAUAUGUGGAAUUUUAAUUUACCUGAUUGUGCUUUUGGUUGGGUAUUAUUAGAUGUAAAGGACGGAAGAGUUUCAGCAGAGACAAAAGCACAAGGUUUUAACUUUGCCUAUCGAAGAGCGGGUUCAUCUGUCGGCGGGACACAAACACCAACAGCAACAAAUGGUAUUAUGCCUACUAGUCCAUCUUCAGAUAGACAAACUCGACGCCAAACAACCCAAUGGAUUCAGUCUCCUGCUCUUCACCCACAAAUAACGCAUAAUAAUGGAGGGACAUCACCUAUUAUGACUACACAAAUAACAUCAUCACCCAUAACAUCACCUGAAAUUAAUAAUAACUGGAAACAACCAAUGAAUUCUUGGAAUCAUGAUGCAGGUCAAAAUAUGGAACGAAUUCCAUCAAAAGCAAACGGAAGUGAAGCUAGUAGUAACAAUGACACUGUAACUACUACCAGUAGCAAUACUAUUUGUAAUGAAACUACAGAACAAAAUGGUUCCGAUAAUAUUAAUGAUAGCCCUGAUAGUAUAGAAACCGAAAGUUGGGCCGACCAAACGCAAAAUGAAGAAACUGUUUGGAAAGAAAAACCGGAACUAAAUGAAGAAAUAAAAGAUUUAUUCGUUUCAGCCGAGUGUGAGGUUGAAAAUGUCAGGAUGAUGUUUGAUCGAGCGUCAGGUGAUCAACGUAAUUUUUGCUAUGUGGAAUUACAAGAUGCAACUUCACUUGAAAAAGCAGUCCAAUUAAAUGGCCAGCAAUUAGAGGAAAAUCAGACCCCACUUAAGAUUCACAAACAGGAAGAUCGGUAUUACGAAAAUCGAUCGAAUCGGGGACGCGGGCGUGGUGGACGUGGACGUAAUAAUACGCCGCAGAAUGGAGGCCCUCAAUAA